UUCUUACGCCGGCAAUACUCGCCGGAAUUCUUUCCCCUCCGAUCAAAUUACGGCGGCGCCGUUUCCAAACCAGUUCUUCCAUCCAAUCCUACCUUCUUUCGCAUUAUUUCUCUCUAUAUCCGUCGACUGAUUUCAAGACAUGGAAGUGAGUCUCGUUCAUCAUCAUCAUCGCCAUUUGUAAAUUGUAACCGUCAUCAUUUGAGUCCUGAUUUCUUAAUCUAGGUGUUUCCACACUAUUUCAUUCUUUACAUCAUGAGAAUUUUCCGGCGGAUCAGUGCAGUUUGAUCUCAUCGCAUACAUACUAUGGUUAAUAGACUUAGAUUAUGCAUCCAUUUUGCUGCGUCUCUAUAGUUCAUCAACAGAAUUCAGUAACUAUGCCGGAUUCUCCAGACGCACCUCCGUUGACCGUGCUAAGUGGUCCUGUGACCGGCUCCAGAUCUAAUUCUGUAAGAAAGGCUAAUAUUCUAGUUCAGGGAAGCGAAUAUAAUCGGACUAGUAAUAGUCAGAGUCAGAGGAUGGCGGUGGUGCCGGGGAAGCGAGAAGCCACGCAGUUGGUCUCCGGCGAUCAGCGGGAGGUGAAGAUAAACGAUAUAGUUGGUAAUGGAAUUUCUGGUAUUCUAAAUAAGUGGGUGAACUAUGGUAAAGGUUGGCGUCCGAGAUGGUUUGUGUUGCAAGAUGGUGUUCUAUCGUAUUAUAAGAUCCAUGGACCUGAUAAGAUUGUUGUCAGUCCAGAGACAGAAAAAGGAUCGAAAAUUAUCGGAGAAGAAUCUUUGCGAAGAAUUUCCCGUCACAAGACAGCAGGUUCUAAGCCUCGGCGACAUCCAUUUGGUGAGAUUCAUCUUAAGGUCUCUUCAAUUCGUGAAAGUAGGUCGGAUGAUAAGAGAUUCUCAAUUUUCACUGGCACAAAAAGGCUUCACUUGAGGGCUGAAACACGAGAAGACCGGAUGGCAUGGAUGGAUGCACUGCAAGCAAUAAAGGAUUUGUUCCCCAGGAUGUCCAACAGCGAACUAAUGGCUCCUAUGGAAAAUAUCUAUGUAUCAACAGAAAAGCUUCGGCAACGAUUGUUGGAUGAAGGAGUGAAUGAGGCGGCCAUCCGUGAUAGUGAACAGAUUAUGAGAACGGAGUUUUCUCAUUUGCAAAACCAACUUAUGCUUCUCAAACAAAAGCAUUGGCUCCUUAUUGACACACUACGACAUUUAGAGACAGAAAAGGUUGACCUAGAGAACACCGUGGUGGAUGAAAGCCAGAGAAACUUAAAAGAGUCUGAGUCUACAUCAAGGUCAAGGCAAGAAAAGUCGAGUGAAGGCAGUGAAAGUGAAUCUGAAGAUGACAAUGAAAGAGUUGAUGCUGCAGAGGAGGAAACGGACGAUGAGGAUAAUGCUUUCUUUGAUACUAAAGAUUUUCUAUCAUCAAGUUCUUUUAAAAGUAGUGGUUCUUCUGAAGAAGGCCUAUACGGUCUCGAGUCCGAAGAUGAUGUUGAUCCCUGUAUUAAAUCUGUGGGAAAGAAUUUUCCUCUGGUUAAGCGUCGUAGCAGAUUGCCCGAGCCUAAAGAAAAAGAAAAGGGAAUAAGCCUCUGGUCAAUGAUCAAGGACAACAUUGGGAAGGACCUCACAAAAGUCUGCCUUCCUGUCUACUUUAAUGAACCUAUUUCAUCACUUCAAAAAUGUUUUGAAGAUUUGGAAUAUUCUUACCUCAUUGACCGUGCCAAUGAAUGGGGUAAAAAGGGGAACAGUCUUAUGAGGAUUCUUAAUGUAGCCGCAUUUGCAGUAUCUGGAUAUGCUUCUACCGAGGGAAGACACUGCAAACCAUUUAAUCCGUUACUCGGAGAGACAUAUGAGGCAGACUACCCAGAUAAAGGACUAAGGUUUAUCUCUGAAAAGGUCAGUCAUCAUCCAAUGGUUGUUGCGUGCCAUUGUGAGGGAGCUGGAUGGAAGUUUUGGGGCGAUAGUGACUUGAAAAGCAAAUUCUGGGGUCGCUCAAUUCAGCUAGACCCUGUUGGUGCUUUGACCUUGGAAUUUGGUGAUGGAGAAAACUUUCAAUGGAGUAAGGUGACCACAUCCAUAUACAAUCUUAUUCUGGGAAAGUUGUACUGUGAUCACUAUGGCACAAUGCGUAUACAGGGAAAUGGAAACUAUUCAUGCAAACUAAAAUUCAAAGAACAGUCUAUCAUAGACAGAAAUCCUCAUCAGGUGCAUGGAGUUGUUCAAGAUAAAAAUGGGAAAACAGUGGCAACUCUGUUUGGAAAGUGGGAUGAGAGCAUGCAUUACAUAAUUGGGGAUUGUUCAGUGAAAGGAAAAGGACCAGAAUCUUUGUCUGGAGCCCGUUUGCUAUGGAAGAGAAGCCAGCCUCCCAAGUUCCCUACUAGAUAUAAUUUGACUCGGUUUGCCAUGACCUUGAAUGAAAUAACCCCAGGCCUCAAGGAGAAGCUGCCACCAACCGAUUCAAGGCUGAGACCAGAUCAAAGGUGCUUGGAGAAUGGGGAGUAUGAUAUGGCAUAUUCAGAGAAGCUGCGACUGGAGCAGAGGCAGCGUCAGGCUCGGAAGAUGCAGGAAAGUGGGUGGAAACCGGGGUGGUUCAGAAAGGAGAAAGGAGGAGAGGAAGGAGGGGGGUAUAAAUACAUUGGUGGUUAUUGGGAGGCUAGAGAAAAGAAGGUAUGGGAUUCAUGUCCUGAUAUCUUUGGUCAAAUCCCACCUGUAGUAAUAGACCAUACAACAACAACAACAACAUAAACACAGUGAAAUAUAUUGUGUAGUGUAAUAUGCAUGCCAAAAAAUCUCAUUUUUUUUUCCUUUCUAAAGUCCCACAUUUGUUGUUGUGCCUGUCUGUAGUCUUUUCUUUCAUUGUUGUCAAUUCUCAGCCCAUCCAUUAGGUUUUAAUUCAUGGAAGUUAACACAUGUAGUCACCAUUGAAUGAUAAUAAUAAUAAUAAUUCAUGUUGAACAUUUUGGAAAUAGCAGCUUCUUCGAGUCUGUUUUGAAUAUAUAUAUAUAUAUGUAAAUCAUGAAAAGAGAAAAUUUGUAUGGCCAACCUGCCUGCCAGUUUCAAAUGUAAAGGAAUUAUUGAUUUUGUCUUCUUCA